CUCUCUCUCACGAAUGCUCUCUCUGCUAGGCUUAGUACGCUACUGGCUGUGUGAUUGCAAUGACCGCCAUACCGCAAACGGAUCGCUGGCAAGACUUCUUCGAUACAUAUCGGCAAUUGCCAGCGCUAUGGCGAGUAUCGGACGAGCAAUACAAGAAUCAGAGGCAGAGAAAGGCAGCGUAUGAGAAAUUGCUGCAGUGCUAUAAGAAAAUCGAUGGGAAAGCCAAUAUGGACACCAUGCGGCGUAAGAUCAAUGGGAUUCGAACUUGCUUCAGGCGCGAACUGCGUAAAGUGGAGUACAACGAGGAAAUGAACAAGGUGUAUGUGCCACAUUUGUGGUACUUCAAUGAAUUGACAUUUCUGUAUGACGAAGUAGGCAAAGCAACUGGGACGGAAACCACGGAUGGCAUCUGGGAUAAGCCGGAUGAGUCGAUGAAUGAAUUUAAAGACGAUGAGGACAUGGAUCACUGGUCCGAGUCGGAAACUAAAGUUUUCGAUCACGUGCUACAGACUUCCAGUGGAUCACCUGUAGAACCAGCGCAAUUAGAACAGACAUCGCCUGCGGAGCAGCUGCAGCCGCUGCAUAUGUCCAGCGUCAGCCACUGCUCAAGAGACGAGGCUGCCAUCUAUGCCGAGGGCUGGGCCACAUCCUAUCGCAAGUUGGACGAGAAGAACAAGCUGCUGGCCAAAAAGGCCAUCGAGGAGAUUUUGGUGCUGGGCCAGCUAAACAAACUCGAGUUCAAUUCGGUGAAGAUGCCAAAUUGAAAUAGACUUUGA